GUGGGCUUAACUCCAAAAAAAUGGAUGUGGUACAAGGGGUGGAAUGAGGUCCUGGGUCACUAACGGCCCGAGCUUUUAAGAGUUAAUAUGAAUCUUCCAGCACUUUCUGGUUGAUUUUAUUAGGAAUCAGAAUUCAUUGUCAGCUCUGUUAAGACAUUUCGGAACAUCACUGUCAAAUACACAAAUAAACUACACGUCAUUGAUAUGUAUAGGGCUGAAGCAGUAAUAGGAGGAUGUUUUGUCUGUAAUCUGUUCAGCUGUUCAUAGUAGUCAGGUUAAGACAGAGGGAACACCCACUACAGGCUGUCAGACACUUACUGCAGAGCUAAAAAUAUAUAAUGAUCAGAGCUGGUAACGGUAUAAAAGAGCCAGAACAAAAAGGAGACAAAGUACACAAGGGGUCAGCUUGCCACUUUCCAUAGACAAGACCACCACCGUACAAUAUGUCUCAGCCAGAGGUGAAGAAGAAGAAGCGGCCAGUUGUCAAAGAGGAAGACCUGAAAGGAGCCCGCAGUAAACUGGGGCUGAAGGGAGAGGUCAAGAGCAAAACAUAUGAGGUUAUGGUCGAGUGUGAGCGCAUGGGGAAGGUUGCACCGUCUGUAUUCAGUGGAGUAAGGUCUGGUGGUGAGACAGCACUUGAGAAACCCAAGCCUCCAUCAGGAAGUGUGUUUGGCAAGUGAGAAGAUGAAUAAAUGGACUCUUGUUGUAUGGGUUUUCUAUGUGUCCUAUAUAGGUCCAUGACUAUAAUGGGCUAAAUUUGUUGUGUAAAAUUGUAUAACAUUUUUCUACUGUUUGAUGUUGUUACUUAAGUAAUUUGUUGUCCUUAAAGACCCAUCUGAGCCCUUGUGCGCCAAUUUCUAAUGUCAUGUUUUGUAUAUAAAAAAAACAUUUCUAAAAUGAUCAGUCAUUUUAUAUGUGUCAAGUCCUGUACAGAAAAGUCUGUAAUUUCAAACCUAGUGUGCAAAUAUUAAAUGACACAGUUGCUCAUUACUUAAGAUCUAGCCACACCAAAAUGUAUUUCCUUUCCCAGAUUAAGAUUUAAAUUAUAUUUGGAUUGCUGUUCACUAUAUCCAUGAGACUUGUUUCAGCAUCAUAUUCUAAUCUGAGUGUCAGUGAAGCAACUUCCAUAGUAAUUCACAAAUUUCAUGACAUCACACUGUAGGUUAAAGGCCAUCAGAUAGUAAAGCCACCUGGGGGAAUGAUGCAAUAUCAUCAAAGCAUAAAUGUCCAACUGUAAAUGACUGCUCUUAAUCUAAUAAAUAAACUUUGCAGAAAUCGCCAAUUAACAAUCUUAACUGUGUGUGAUCUGUGAAGAUAAUUUGCCUAGCAGUUACACCAUUGUAAUUUCUUUUCUUUUUUUGUAAGAAAGCCUGCAAACUUAAUAUUUUCUUGUACCACUGUAAAUACCCAAGGCUUGCAAACUGGGUUUAUAAAUGAUUAAAUCAAUAAAUAACCAAAUAUUACAUCAUUCCUAAAAAAUAAAACAAAACAGUCAAUACCA